ACAGCCUAGUUUAAGUGAUGCAAUGCAACUUUAUCUCAGCAUUUAUUGCAGUCAAGAUCACAGCAUCUCGGUGUAUAUAAGCAACAUAAUUUUUUCACUUGGCUCAAAAUCUUUUAGUUAUUGUGUCAAGUUGUUGAUAUUGAGAAGGUUCAAGAGUGUUAAAAAAAUAUUUAAAAAGAAAUAAAAAUGGAAUCAACUUUUGAUAAUUCCACCACAAAUAGAUACUCAAACCAACUUCCAGAACUCACCGAAGAUACCGUCGUCAUCUCUGGAAUGUCUGGUCGCUUUCCUAAGUCUCGAACUAUCGCUGAUUUUAAGUACAACCUCUACAAUAAGAUUGACAUGGUUGAGCCAUGCGUUGAUCAGUGGAAAGCAAUAAAUGAAGUGGUUCCUGAUAGAUAUGGACAGACUGUUGAUAUUGACAAGUUUGAUGCUGCAUUUUUCUCGAUCCAUGCUGAGUUUGGCAAUUAUAUGGAUCCACAAGGUAGAAUGAUACUUGAGCAUGUCUAUGAAUCAAUCCUUGAUGCUGGAAUUUGUCCUAAAACCUUGCGAGGAAGCAAUACUGGAGUUUUUGUUGGAUGCUGCUUUGUUGAUGCUCAUGAAGCUUGCAUUCGUGACAGAAGUGGAAAGGAGUUGACUGGAUCAUUGAGAACUUUACUGGCUAAUCACAUAUCAUAUGCAAUGGACUUCAAAGGACCUUCAUUUGUCAUCGAUACGGCUUGCAGUAGCAGUGGAUAUGCUGCUGACGUUGCACUUAAAUCUUUGCAAAAUGGAGAAUGUGACCAGGCAAUAUUGGCGGGAACUAAUCUUCUUUUGGGACCAACUUUAAGUCUUGUGUUCUUGAGAAUGGGUGUGCUUUCAAAAGAUGGACAUAGUAGAACAUUCGAUGAAGAUGCUAGUGGCUACUGUCGAGCUGAUGGAAUUGUUUCCAUAUUCUUACAAAAAUCAAAAGAUGCAAAGCGAAUUUAUGCAAGAUUUAUUCAUGGAAAGAAGAAUGUGGAUGGUUUUAAGCCUGAAGGAUUUCCAUUUCCAUCAAGACGAAUGCAAACGAAACUUAUUGAGCAGUUCUACAAAGAAAUCAAUUUGAAUCCUAACAUGGUUGACUAUGUUGAGGCUCACAGCACUGGAACUAAGGUUGGCGAUCCUGAGGAAUGUGCUGGUCUAGAUCAUGUUAUGUGUACCAACCGAGUUGGACCUCUCUUACUAGGUUCAGCAAAGUCAAAUAUGGGACAUUCAGAAGGAGCAUCAACAGCAUGUUCUAUCGUUAAGUCAUGCUUGGCUUUCGAGAACAGAAAACUAGCUCCAAAUUUGCACAUCAAUAAAGUGAGAUCUGGAAUUCCAGCAUUUGAGGAAGGAAGAAUCAAAGUUGUAGACGAGGUUCAAGAAUUUAAUGGAUCACUGAUUGGCGUCAAUGCAUUUGGAGUCGGCGGCGCUAAUGUUCAUCUUCUACUUCAAGCACAUGACAAAGAAAAAGUUCAAAAGGGUAUUCCAGCUGAUGACUUACCUAGGAUGGUCUUGUGGAGUGGAAGAACUGAAGAAGCCAUCAAUACAAUCUUUGAUAACCUAGAAAGUACACAACUUGAUGCUGAACACAUUGCUUUACUCCAAAAUACACAAGUUCAAACAGCAAGUCUCAAUACUUAUCGAGGAUAUGGAAUCUUUAACCAUAAUCACGAUGAUGGAACUACGAGCUGUUUAGGCAAAAGUAUUAUAAACAAUCUGGAAGCUAAAAGAUCUAUUGUUUGGGUCUACACUGGAAUGGGAGCUCAAUGGACUCAAAUGCUGUCGGAUUUGCAGAAAAUUCCACUUUUCAAUGCCUCAAUCAACAAGUGUCAUGAAGUUCUUCUUCAAAAAGACAUCAACUUAAUUGAAAUUUUAUCGUCAGUAGAUGAAAAAAUGCUCGAAAAUGUUGUGCAUGCGUAUGUAGGAAUUGCAGCAAUUCAAAUUGGAUUAACAGAUGUAUUGAGAGCAUUGGAUAUAAGUCCUGACUAUAUAAUUGGUCAUUCAGUUGGUGAAUUGGGUUGUGCAUAUGCAGAUGGAUGUAAUAGUGCUGAAGAAAUCAUUUUGGCUGCUUACUCACGUGGAAUGGCUACUUUAGAGACGGACAUCAUUAAUGGUGCAAUGGCAGCUGUUGGAUUGGGACAUGAAGAACUGAAAGAAAUUCUUAUUGAUGGCAUUGAAAUUGCUUGUCACAACAGUUCCAAUUCAUCAACAAUUUCUGGUCCAUAUGAGCUUGUUGCUGGAUUUAUUGAGCAGCUGAAGGAGAAGAAAAUUUUCGUAAAGGAAGUAAAUUCAUCAAAUAUUCCAUAUCACAGCUCAUACAUCUCACAAAUGGGACCAAAACUUCUUGCACGUCUCAAUGAGAUCAUCAAAAAUCCCAAAGAACGUUCAUCGAAGUGGCUCAGUACAAGUAUUCCUAAAGAUGAGGUAGAUCUGGAACAGCACAGCAACUUGUCAUCAGCUGAAUAUCACACAAAUAAUCUCUUGAAUCCAGUUCUAUUCCAAGAAGCACUUGACAUGUUACCCAAGGAUGCAUUGACUAUUGAAAUAGCUCCGAGUGGAUUGUUGCAAGCUAUUUUGAGACGAGCACUGCCUGAUGGCGUUCAUGUUAGCUUGACAAAAAAGAACGAGAAGGAAAAUUCGAUCAAUUUGAUGGCUUCGCUUGGAAAGAUCUUCCACAAUGGCGUGGACAUGGAUAUUAGUAAGUUGUAUCCACUUGUUGAGUUUCCAGUCUCUAGAGGAACUCCAAUGAUAUCACCACUUAUCAAAUGGGAUCACAGCCAAAGUUUUAGCAAGUUUAAGCUUGAAGAUAUUGAAGUUAAUGAAAUGAAAGCAGUUUUGACACUGCGAGAUCCAAACUUUGAGUUUCUAACUGGACACAAACUUGAAAACAAGAUGAUCUUCCCAGCAACAGGUUAUCUCUACCUUGCCUGCCGUUUAGCAGCAGCUCAUUACAAGAAGAGAUUUGAGGAAUUUGAUGUUGAAUUUGAAGACAUAAAAUUCCUGAAUGCCUGCUUUGUUAGUCUGGAUAAGGAAACAGUCCUUAGCAUCGUCUUUCAAGGUGGUGAUGGAAGGUUUGAGGUCAAAGAAGGCAAAACUUUGAUGUGUACAGGCUUUAUUCGUCCAACAACAGCUAAACUGACACAUUAUGAUAAACCUGACAAUUCAUCAAUUCCUGACAUGUCACCUGAUGACUUUUACAAAGAACUUCGCAUUCGCGGCUAUCAUUAUGAAAGAUUAUUCAAAUCCGUUGUUUCAGCAAAGUCUGAUGGAAGUGAAGUCAAGGUUAAAUGGGAAAAUAAUUGGAUCGCAUUUAUGGACAAUCUGGCACAGAUGAUUAUCAUUCAAAAGGAUUUAAGGACUCCAGUGGUUCCGACAAGAGUUCGUCGUGCUAUUUUGAAGCCAAGUGAACAUUUGGAUGGCUUAAAAAAGCUACAGAAUUCUACAGACGAAGUCAUUGGAACUGCUUACUAUAUUAAAGAUCUUGACAUGAUCAGAAGCGAUGGAAUGGAAUUUAGGGGACUUGGAUUCUUGCCAAUUCCUAAACGACCUCAAGAUGGUAAUCUAGUACUUCAAAACUAUCGAUUUAUUCCUUACAAUCCAACUCCAGUGAUGUCACAAAAUGAUGCUGGAAGCUUCUGUGUCCAACUGGCACUUGAAAAUUCACAAUUAUUAAAGAUUAAAUGCAUUGAACUCGAUUCUGGUGACAGCAAGUCUAUUUUUAAUGAAAGCCUUGCUUCUGCAAUUGCAAAAGUUCCGAUUAUUGGUGCUGAGCUGACAUACUUAACAGAUGGAGAAUUAGAAGAGAAACCAUUGGCUAUUGAGGUUAAGAAACUUAAUUCUUUCGAAAAUAUCAGUCAAGUAGACUUCAUCAUUAACUCAAACUGCACAAAUGAUCAAGAAUUCUUGACAAAAGUACAGGAAAAGUUAAACGAUGGCGGAUUUUUGGUAUCGAGAGAGACAAAUGAGUUUGAAGUCAUACACAAGAUGCCUGAGACAUUCAAGCUCAUUGCUCAAAUCCAAUUGGAAGCUGAAAACCUGCUCUUUUUUAAGUUCUUAAAAAAUCCAGCAUCAAUUCCAACAGCAUCCAUCAAAAUCACAUCGAAUGACUUCUUAUGGCUUGAAAAAGUCAAAGAAAGUGUCAAAACGGAACCGACCAUUUUAUAUUCAGAAGGUGAAAAUGAGUCUGGAAUUUUGGGACUUGUCAACUGCAUCAGAAGAGAACCUGCUGGUAUGGAUGUCAAGUGUGUCUUCAUUGAUGAUCCAAAAGCACCCAAAUUUGAUGUCGAGAAUGAGUUUUAUAGGAAGCAGUUGGAGAAGGGAUUGGUGAUGAAUAUAUACAGGAAUGGACAAUGGGGUUCUUAUCGCCAUCUAGAUUUAGAGCCACACAUCAUCAAGGAAAUAACAGAGGACACUAUAGCAGUUGCUGAGAUUGUAACACGUGGUGACUUCUCAUCCUUGAAAUGGUUCGAAGGUCCUCUAAAAUUCAAACACAAAGAUGAGCUCGUGACAGUCCAUUAUGCAGCACUGAAUUUUAGAGACAUCAUGUUAGCAACUGGUCGUGUACCAACUACCCUGUUUGGAGAUAAAAGAAUAGAUCAACAACAAAUUCUGGGAUUUGAGUUUACAGGAAUCACAUCAAAAGGAAGAAGAGUCAUGGGUAUUGUACCAAAAAGUGCUCUAGCUACUCAUGUAUUACCAGAUGUAAUACUGGAUAUACCAAAAGGAUGGAGCAUGGAAGAUGGAACAACAGUUUUCGGAACAUUCGGAACUGUCUUCCUUGGCUUAUUUGUUAAGUCUCAAAUUAAGAAAGGAAAUUCAAUACUGAUUCAUGCAGGUUCCGGUGGAGUUGGCCUAGCUGCUAUUCAUCUAGCUUUUGCUAUGGAAAUGGAAGUCUUCACAACAGUCAGCACAGAUGAGAAGAAAAAUUAUUUAUUAGAACUAUUCCCAAAGUUGAGACCUGAAAAUAUUGGAAAUUCAAGAGACACAAGCUUUGAAGACAUGAUAAUGAGGAACACGCAUGGAAAAGGCGUUGACUUCGUGCUCAAUUCACUAGCUGAUGACAAGCUGCUUGCUUCAUUGAGAUGUGUUGGGAAAAACGGAACUUUUGUGGAAAUUGGCAAGUCAGAUAUUCUUAGAGAUAAUAAGAUUAAUCUUGGAAACUUUGCUAGAGACAUAACCUUCUUGUCAUUAAAUAUUGACAUAUAUGCAAAAGUCACAACUUCGGAAAGAAAGAAAUUCUUGAGCUUUGUUAAGGACUCAAUUAAGAAAAAGAUCAUCAAGCCUCUGAAAUGUACAGUCUUUAAUGCAAAUCAGUUAGAAGAAGCUUUCAGAUUCCUAGCAAGUGGCAAGCAUAUCGGAAAAGUUGUUCUUAAAAUUCGCGACGGUAAUAUCCUUCUGAUAAAGGAAGUAACUCCUCGAGUCUUCUUCAAUCCUCAAAAUGCUUACAUCAUUUGUGGUGGUCUUGGUGGAUUUGGAAUGGAACUUGCUGACUGGAUGAUCAUAAGAGGAUGUCGAAAGAUUGUUUUGAGCUCAAGUCGAGGUAUCAUUGAUGGAUAUCAUGAAUAUAAGUUCAGUUUAUGGAGAUCCUACGGCGUAGACAUCAAAGUAAGUACAGCAGACAUUACAACAGCUUCAGGAUGUCAACAACUCAUCAAAGAAGCAGCAGAACUUGGACCAGUUGGUGGAAUCUUCAAUCUUGCAGCCAAGCUUAAUGAUGCAAUCCUUGAGAACCAAACCGUCGAGUCAUUUGAACUGUGUAUGGCAGCAAAAGCAACAGCAACGAAGCUUUUGGAUGAAAUUUCAAGAAAACAUUGCAAGAAUUUGCAGCACUUUGUAGUCUUUUCAAGUGUCUCAUGUGGUCUUGGCAAUGCUGGUCAAAGUAAUUAUGGAAUGGCAAAUUCAGUCAUGGAACGUAUCAUUGAGACUCGAAGACAUGACAAUUUACCAGCAAAAGCAAUUCAAUGGGGAGCAAUUGGAGAUGUUGGAAUAGUUGCAAGACUUAUGGCUGACAAAAAUGCAGCAUCCGACAUGGAAAUUAGUGGAACAUUGAUGCAAAGCAUUUUCUCAUGUCUUGAAGUUCUUGACAGCUUACUUACAUCAAAAGGAGCAAUUGUUACAAGCAUGGUUGUUGCUGAGAAAAUCAGUGUUGCUGGUGGACGAGCUGGAAUGUUGCAGCAACUCUUAAGAGUGUUAGGAAUCAAAGACAUCAACGCAUAUCCAAAAGACACAAAGAUUGUUGAUUUUGGAAUGGAUUCACUGUUGACUGUUGAGGUGCUACAGCAUGCAGAGAAGGAACUAAAUGUUCAAUUGACAGUUGAUGAUCUGAGGUCAAUGACAUUGGCGCAGUUGUUGGAAUUGACGAAGGAAGAUGGAAAGCCUCUUGUUAUGGUAGAAGAUAAGGAAGAUAAAGGCAAGAUCGAGGAUAACACUGUUAAUAAAGUUGAAAAUUAAAAGGAUUGGGGAAAAUAUAAAUAUUGGGCAUUUGAACUCAUUAGGAUGGUGGCUAGCCUUGCUUAAGGUUGAUACUCAUGCUAUACAUUACUUAGCUGUAAUUUUAAUAUUUUAAUGCAAAUAAAUAAAAUAAAAAUAUGUGAAAAAUAAUUUAAAAAUAUGUUUUUUAAAUACAACAAUCCGGUCAGCUAGACUAAAGUUCUCUUAAAUAUUCUGUACAUUUUCGUUGCUUUAAAAAGCUGCUAAAAUAUUCACCAGCAGCAAAAAAUAUUUUAAUUUUUUCACAUUUUUUCUAUCUUAAUUAAAACAAAU